AAAAACAAACUUUCCUUAUCAACUGCUCCGCUACUCCACUCCUACUUCGAGUAGGUUAUUGUUUAUUUUAUUGGGAAUUAUCAUAAAAUAAGAAUUCUGUAUAAAAAUGAAUGGUUUUUCAAAUCCUAUUUAUUCGCGUCGCAAACGAUUUCUACCCGAAUAUCGUGAAUUAUUUGCGGUUCUGUUGAAAAUUCCUGACGAAGAUGUACGAAAUCGUGUUACUGAUGCUAUAAAUGGCAUACAAAAUUGUCCAAAUUGUGUAACAAAAAUAAAACAAGAGUAUCAAGUUCCAAUGGAUGUGGGAACUCAAACAGAAGAUAGUUAUUUACAAACAAUUGUUAUUGUUGAUACGGAAAAAGAUUCGACAAUCAAUAAGACAGACACAAUCAUUAUUGAAAAACGACGUCGGAAAAGGAAAAGAAAUUUUCCGAAAGUCGUUAAAACUGCCCAACAUUCGAGUAAUGUUCCUGUCCUAAAACAGGAUCCAAAUAAAUCGCUCAAGAAUACAGAGGACAAUGAACAACAACAGCAACGUCCCAAGUUAAUGCGAAUGGAUUCAAAUGAUGAUGCUGUUUCGAUGUUUUUUGAGAAUUGGAACUCAAUGGAUUUUAACAUUGAUUUAGAGGAAAAGAGCCUGAGCAAUAAAAACACCCUCGAAAGAGUAAAGUACCAUAUGGCAAUUGAAUGGGAAACCUGUGAAAACAAAAAAAAUGGUUUCUUGCCAAUUCACGAAGCUAUUGUUCAAAACGAGCUUAACAAACUCAGAAGACAAAUCUACGUGUGGAAAUUUCGGAAUCAUAAUCUGAUGGAUCUCACUACAGAAGACGACGAUAAUCUUAUUCAAUUGGCUGUCAAGGAAAAUUGUAUGAAAAGCAUAAUCGAUGAACUUUUAAAAGAAGAUCUUGAUUUUAAUGAAGUCGAUAAUGAUAACAAUAAUAUUAUCCAUUUAGCUGUAUCCCAUCUCUCCAAUGAUGACGAUAUUAAACAACAAAAACAAAUUAUCCAAACACUUGAAUCACUUUUGAAUAAAGUAGAUUUGAAAAUACUUUUACAAAGAAAUGACGAUGGCCUAACUCCAUUGCAUAUAGCUGUAAAAAAGAACGAAUAUCUUAUGGCAGAAAAAAUUCUCAAUGUAAUAGAUAAGAAAUUAGAUAUAAAGAGUGUUGCUGGUCUAGACGAUCCAUUUGCUGAUACUCAGAAGUUUUCGCAAUAUUACUGCAGGCAGUGUGAUAAUUUCGAAGGACGUGGAACUAACGAAUUUAAACAAGAAAUUUUGAAUGCAAUCGAUAUGAAACGCGGAUGUUCGGUUUUAUACUUUGCAAUGGAAUUAGGAUAUGAACAUUUAAUUUAUUUACUGCUGGCCCAUAUGUGCAAUCCAACAACUAAGAAUCUGGCUGGUUCAGAUGCGAAAACAUACUACACAGAGUUAGGAAAGAACGCUAGUAUAGCAGGUAUUUUAGAAAAUCUUAUAACAAUUUUACACAAACAAUAGGAAUUGUAAAUAAAAUUAAUUUAAUACCUAAGAACAA